GGAACCACGCCUCUGUUCAAGAAACAUACUAGCCACAGGGAUUGUUGUUAGCGGGGUUGCUAGCCGGGAAUUUCUUGUUUGACGUUUCAGUUUUAAAUUUCACGCUCAGUAUUUCAAGUUUUAAAUUGACGAGUGUUUGUUCCAUUAUUUGAAAAGGUGUUGCCGGUCGCGUCCUUUGAGCUCCUUCGAGUAUGAAUAUACAAUGAAGAGGCGUGCGGAGGACCAGGAAGCGGUAUUUGCGUCCCAGCAGCAGCGUCGGCCCCCAGUCCCAGCUACUGCGGAGGGGUUCCAGCAUCGUGUCCUAGCGCCGGCCCCGGCCGUGUACGAGGCUGUCACGGACAACAUGCAGCCCUCUACUGGCAUCCAGUACUCCAUCCCCCAGGGAUACCAGGUUCCCACAAUGCCGCAGAGCUCUAGCGGUCAUGGACAUGCCUCUAGUCCUGCUGCACAUGUGGGGCCCCACCCCAUCAGCCCAGCUGUCCAAUCGCAGGGAACAGCAAUGGUCCAGAGCCAUGCUCAUCCCCCAGCCCCCAUGGCCCCCUCGCAGGGUGCCCAGUUCCAGCGACUCAAGGUUGAAGAUGCUCUGUCAUACCUGGACCAAGUGAAAUUGCAGUUUGGGAAUCAGCCUCAAGUCUACAACGACUUCCUCGACAUCAUGAAGGAAUUCAAGUCACAGAGCAUCGACACUCCCGGGGUGAUCAGUCGUGUCUCCCAGCUCUUCAAGGGCCACCCGGACCUAAUCAUGGGCUUCAACACCUUUCUGCCUCCUGGCUACAAGAUUGAGGUCCAGACGAAUGAGCAGGUCAACGUGACCACGCCGGGUCAGAUCCACUACAUCACACCGCAUGGCAUCUCGGUCCAGAACCUUCCCGUCACAGGGCCGCCUAGCCAGCCGGUGCCCCAUCAUCACCAGUCCCUGCAGCCUCCUGGUGGACCUCCAACCAGCACUUGUACAGCCGGCCCGGCUCUACCGACACCAGCCAAGACCACCAAGCCGAUGCAGUCGCUGGCCCUUACCCCGACGAGUCAGCCCAACCCGUCGAUCCCCACCUACGCCUCUCCACGCUCUCCCACGGUCCAGUCCCACACCCCAGUGAGCAGCACUCCCUCCAGCGGGCCACUGCUGCAGAACAACCAGCCGGUGGAGUUCAACCACGCCAUCAACUACGUCAACAAGAUCAAGAACCGCUUCCAGGGCCAGCCCGACAUCUACAAAGCCUUCUUGGAGAUCCUGCACACAUACCAGAAGGAGCAGCGCAACGCAAAGGAAGCAGGGGGCAAUUACACGCCGGCGUUGACCGAGCAGGAGGUGUAUGCUCAGGUGGCCCGGCUCUUCAAGAACCAGGAGGACCUGCUCUCGGAGUUUGGACAGUUCUUACCAGACGCCAACAGUUCAGUGAGUUGUCCCCCUUUUCUCCAGCUGCUGAGCAAGACCACGGCCGACAGGGCGGAGUCGGUGCGCAACGACCAUGGCGGCACGGUCAAGAGGCCCCUGAUGAACAACAAGCAGCGGCUCAACCAGAACGGCAUUCCCAAUAGGAGGCACUCUGGGGUGGGCAGCACGCCGCCUAUUAAGAAAAAACCCAAACUAUUGGGCAGAGACCACCCGAUGGCUGAAGCCAGCAAGCACAGUAUCGGCACAGAAUCUCUCUUCUUUGAAAAGGUCAGAAAAGCCCUCCGGAGCUCUGAGGCCUACCAGAACUUCCUGCGGUGUCUUCUCAUCUUCAACCAGGAAGUCAUUUCACGUGCCGAGCUAGUACAGCUAGUGCUACCAUUCCUGGGAAAAUUCCCAGAGCUGUUUUCCUGGUUCAAAAACUUCCUGGGCUACAGAGAGUCCACUCACAUGGAGAGCUUUCCCAAGGAGAGGGCCACCGAGGGCAUCGCCAUGGAGAUUGACUACGCGUCUUGUAAGAGGUUGGGUUCCAGCUACAGGGCGCUUCCCAAGAGCUACACGCAGCCCAAGUGCACUGGCAGAACCCCUCUGUGUAAAGAGGUGCUGAAUGACACGUGGGUGUCAUUCCCUUCAUGGUCCGAGGAUUCCACCUUUGUCAGCUCCAAGAAGACCCAGUAUGAGGAGCACAUUUACCGAUGCGAAGAUGAGCGCUUCGAGCUCGACGUGGUGCUGGAGACCAAUCUGGCGACCAUACGUGUCCUGGAGACGGUGCAGAAGAGGCUGUCGCGCAUGUCUGCCGAGGAGCAGGUCAAGUUCCGCCUGGACAACACCAUGGGCGGUUGCUCCGAGGUCAUCCACCGCAAGGCCAUCCAGAGGAUAUACGGCGACAAGGCCGCUGACAUCAUUGACGGGCUGAAGAGGAAUCCGUCCGUGUCCGUCCCCAUUGUGCUUAAGAGGUUAAAAAUGAAAGAAGAGGAGUGGAGGGAAGCCCAGCGGGGCUUCAACAAGAUCUGGAGGGAACUGAAUGAGAAGUACUACCUGAAAUCUCUCGACCACCAAGGCAUCAACUUCAAGCAGAACGACACUAAAGUGUUUCGCUCAAAGACCUUGCUCAAUGAGAUUGAGGCCAUAUACGACGAGCGACAGGAGCAGGCUUCCGAGGACACGGCCGGCGUGCCCGGUGGCCCCCACAUGACACUGACUUACGAGGACAGCCAGAUCCAGGAGGACGCCGCGGCGCUGAUCAUCCACCACGUCAAGAGGCAGGCCGGCAUCCAGAAGGAGGACAAGUACAAGAUCAAACAGGUCGUCCACCACUUCAUCCCCGACAUGCUGUUUGCCCGGCGCGGGGAGCUGUCGGACGUAGAGGAGGACGACGAAGAGGAGGAGACCGGGGCGGACGAAGAUGGCUCAAAGAAGCACAACGGGCUGGCCGGCGGCUCUGCUAAGUCCAAGCUGCUCUUCGGCAGCACCGGGGUGCAUAAGGCGCGUGGCGUCGACGACGCCUACAACCUCUAUUACGUCAACAACAACUGGUACAUCUUUCUGCGCCUGCACCACAUUCUCUGUUCACGGCUGCUGCGCAUCUACGUGCAGGCGGACAGGCAGAUCGAGGAGGACUGCCGGGAGCAGGAGUGGCAGCGGGAGGUGCUGGGUGUCAAACGGGAGAAGAAUGAGAAUCCUGCCCUCCAGCUGAGACUGAAGGAGCCCAUGGACGUUGAAGUCGAGGACUACUACUCCGCCUUCCUGGAGAUGGUCCGGAACCUCCUGGAUGGCAACAUGGAGCCGGCCCAGUACGAGGACUCCCUCCGGGAGAUGUUCACCAUACAUGCCUUCACAGCCUUCACCAUGGACAAGCUCAUCCAGAGCAUCGUCAGACAGCUUCAGCACAUCGUGAGCGAUGAGCUCUGUGUGCGCGUCACGGACCUCUACCUGAGCGAGUGUGCCAACAAGGCCACCGGUGGCCCCCUGUCUUCCCAGGCUUCCAGAGUGGCUGCCGAGACGGCCUACCAGCGCCGGGCAGAGCAGCUCAUGUCCGACGAGAACUGCUUCAAGCUGGUGUUUGUGAAGAGCCAAGGCAGUGUGAGUCUGGCGGUGGAGCUACUCGACUCGGAGGAGGACAAUUCAGAUGAACCCGCGGAGACAGAGCGGUGGUCCGACUACGUGGGGCGGUACCUGAACUCGGACUCUGCUUCUCCAGAGCUGCGUGAGCACUUGGCCCAGAAGCCGGUGUUCCUCCCCAGGAACCUCCGGCGCAUACGGAAGUGCCAGAGGGGGUGGGAGCGGCUACAGCAGGCCAAGGCAACGAAGGGACCGUCGGAGAAGGACCUGAAGAUGGAGUGCAUGUUCAAGCUCAACUCGUACAAGAUGGUGUACGUCUUUAAGUCUGAAGACUACAUGUACCGACGCACGGCACUGACACGGGCUCACCAGUCCCACAAGGCCGUUCACACUCGCCUGCACUGCCGCUUCCAGGGCUUGGUGGACGCCUGGGCCAAGGAACACGUCACCGCCGACAUGGCCACCGACACCCGCAAGUGGCUGAUGGGAGAACGUCGUGAGGGCCUGUUGCCAUGCACGACCACUCGCGAUCCCCAGGUCCUCCAUUACCUGAACAUCAACAGAUACCGCGUCAAGUAUCACGCCACUUCGGCUGGGGCACCUUAGCUCGUCCGGGCGCGGGGAUGACGGCCGGUCCGGAUUGCUGAUCACCGUCUGAGGUAGUUCCAGCGUGGCAGGAAACUGCUGCCUUCAAGACUUCGUCAAAACAUUUUUUUUAAUGGACCCUCCCCGAACUAUCUUCACAGAGCAAAAAAGCCAAUCGGUGUGUCCUGCAAACCAUCGGGCCACCCCUUACCAGCCUGUAUGAAGCCACUUAAAUACCGGCGAAAGGUAGCGCUGCAACCAGUUGUGGCACGGUUGCAAGAAAUUAUGCGAGACGCACACGCUACCGGACCUUGGUCGGACCCAUCCCCAGUCCGAUACACACGGUUGCCACAGACAGAGCACGGCGUGCUGAGUGGGCCGCUGAAGCGCGGGCCUUCUUUCCCCAGUCCAAGCAAUACAAGUACACUCGUUGAGGUGGUCGGGGGGGGGGGGCGGCCUGUAGUGUCGCUAAGCCACUGCGAAGAGGAGCCUACAAGCUUUGUAAAAUUGAAAUGUGGAUUUUGUAAAAUUGUAUAGCCUGUGAAUGUUUUUCCUUUUUCACCGGCUCAUGUACGUAUACUAGGUGUUGACAAGCCCCUCGGACAGCCGUGGUGUAGAUAUUGGGCAGGUUUAUGCCAGUAUAUCAGGUUUUUACCAGCCAGUCAAGUACAGUAAGAUCCGACCACUCAUAAAUACUGAGGACAUAUUGUAAAUAGCUUGUUGAUAGUCAUCUUUUUUUUUUUUUUUUAUCAUCAAAGAUGUGCAUUGAUGUGUAGCGUACCCUAACAAACUUAGCAUAGAUCUCAGUCAACAUGCUGAAGAGAAAUAGUCUAUAUUGAAAAAUGCAAACAUUUUAACAAUGGUUUUUACCAAAGGAGCUUUAGUAGAGCCUUUUUUUCCUUUGUGUUCUGUUUUCCAUGUUUUGUCAUGUAAGCCUUCAUUUAGAAAAGUAAAACCUUUUCGUUGUCUUGAUGUGACCGUUUUAUACAAAAUGCUUCAAGACAAUGUCUGCACAGUUGUUCACUCAAGUCAUUGGCACCAGUUCCCAUUUGGAAUUUCUGAACAAUGAAUGUAGCCUAGAAACAAUUGACGUGUUUCAUGUACAUAGAUGUAAGGUAAAUCGUUUGUACCCCCCGUACCAAUUUCUCCUCAAUAUUUCCAUCAGCACUUCUGGAUCAGUCACAAUAUGGAACAGCUAAUCCCAUAAAUGCCAGGUAAUUGUGGUGUUGCAUAAAUACUGCGCUGUGGUGGUUUGAAGCUGGUUUUGCCUGUUGUGAUUCUCACUACUUCCAGGGCUCAAGUCAGAUGGUCAGACCAGUCACCUAAACAGGACUAGAUUGGCCACAAACAACAACAACAACAUAUUGUCACUUUUUUUCAGGUAACUCAAAGGUUAAGGCUGCAUGUGGGACAGCCAGAGAAAAUGUUUUCUCACUAAUUGCUAUUUUUAUCAAUCGGAAUUACUUGGGGAAGAAACAUUUUUGUGGAAUGUUCUGAUUGUUCAAAACAGCACUAGUUGGUGGGGAAGAAAGCUCUGAAAAUGGGUUUCUGGGUUGUUUCUGAAGCACAGUUAUGUGCUGUUGAGGGGAAUGGAAGUCUAUCAAGAUAUGAGGUAGUUAUGCCUUGUUGACAAAGUAUUAAUACUUCUUCAAUACAAAAGUUCCUUAGGGCCCCUAUUCUCAAAAACAGCACUUUCCUUUUAAGAAUGUGACAUUUUAUACACUUGCAUGAAGUGCAGGUACAGACGUCCAUGUCAUGAUAUUUGAAAAUAUACUCAAAUUGUAUUUUUUAAAAACAGAAUAGGAAUGUUUUAUUACAUACUGUGCUCAGACAAAUGAAACCUCUAGUUUUUAGGAAUGGUGGUAGAACUCUCCAAACAGUUUUCAUCGCUUUUGAAUUAGAAUUUAAUUGUCUAACUGCAUUUUCUACCACUCAAUACCACUGACCAAAACCCUUUCACCCAGUUAACUUCAUGUCCAGUAAAGCAUGGUGAUUUUUAAUCUUAAUUUACCUGAGGAACUGAACAAUUCUGAUUUCUGUAUAAAAAAAAAAAAGAUAUAUAUAUAUAUAACAUCAAAAGCAUUGGAUAUGGAAAUAUCCAGAGAGCAUGAAUGGCUUCAUUUAUACAAAAAGGCCAACUAUAUUUAUUUUCUCUAAUUGGUGUUUUGACCUAUCAUAUCAGUUCUAAAAGAUAUAAUUUGACAAUAAGACGUGAUCGGUCAAAAGGUGUGUUCGUGUCGGUCUCUUCUGGAAUUGAUGUGACGCAGCUACACAUGGCAAUACUUCUUAGUGUGUGAAAGUUGAAUUGCCAUCAGUCAAUCUGGAAGGAAGACCUCUUGACCCUAAAAGAACUAUCCUAUCAAAGAUGUUCAGCAACAUAUGGCUCCGGAGACAAGGCUACUCCAUAAAUGCUGUAACCAGUUAAAGACAAUCUUUGAACUGUUUCAAUCUUGGACUGUUUUUAUUUUUUAUUUUUCUAUUGUCUGUUUCAAACAUGGAGUGCAGGAGGACUACCAGGCAGCUGGAUUGUACAUAAAAACUACAAAGACUACAUUUGUACCCCAUUGCGUGUUUCUUUGCCACCUCUUCUUGACCUCUAUGAUGUUGUUUACUUGAGUGUAGUAUGGUGUUUGGCAUUAAACCCUCAUUUGAAUAGACUAACGGCCUGUCACUUGUUUGAUUCAUUUUAACCCUCUAGGUUGCAUUUAAGUUGCUUGAAGAGUCGGCAGAGCUAUAUGUUCUGCCUUGUUGGAUUAGGCAUAUGAAAGGUACAGUUAAUAAAAAUGUCCAAUAAAGUUCAUGGUUUAA